AGAAUACUCGUAAUAAUUACUAGUCAGGGUCUGUGGGCGAAACAGAAACUGUCAGUAGAAGAGRGGAUGCGUGUUGUGUUUCAGCUAUGGCCUGGAGAGCUGUGUUCACAGCCUUGGAGGCAGUGUGUGAGGAAAACAUCACAGCUCUGUCUGGGCCUACCGACUUGCUGUACGGUAAUGCUUCUGGACGCUUGGUGACUUGCAUGACAAAGAUUCAGGACCAUGGCCGUGCCCUCGAACCUGUGGUUGCUGGUUUUACUGCAGUCUACCACCACUAUGACUUUGACGCAGAUACCCCUGGGAAUGGGUAUCGCACACUGGUAAAGGUGCUGCAGUCUUGCCUUUUGCACAUCAUCCACAAGGGCCGCUACAUUGCCUCUAACUGCCACAGGGCCUUCUUCAGGGCCAACCACAAUGCCUCAGAGAUGGAAGCCUACUCCAGUGCCCUGUGUCAGCUGCGGGCCCUCCUCUACCUCGCUCAGCGUCUGCUCCACGACAACGGUCAUGGGCAACUGUACUCCCUGCAGGAUGGAGAGCUGAGCAGGAGGUUUGUGAGGGAGUACACCUCCAUGCACAAGGCCUGCUUCUACGGCCGCUGCCUGGGCUUUCAGUUCUCGCCUACCCUUCGUCCGUUCCUGCAGACAGUUGUCAUAAGCAUGGUCUCAUUCGGAGAGAGCUACGGAAAACAGCAGUCUGGGUUAGGCAUGGCAGCUUUCUCCUUCCUUACCUCCGGGAAGUAUGUCAUUGAUCCAGAGCUGAGGGGAGCAGAGUUUGAGCGGAUCACCCAGAAUCUGGACAUGAAGUUCUGGAAGUCUUUCUGGAACCUCACAGAAUCCGAGCUUCUAUCGGGCUUGGCCAGUAUAGCCUCUAACCUAGUGCAGCUGAACCUCACCCUGACCAUACCUCCUGAACCACUGCUCCUCCCCCUGGCCUCAGACCCACGUCUCUUUGUCCCCGUGUCCCCUCCGGUGGCCCACUGGGGCCCUGGACCUGUUAACAUGCGGCUCAUCUCCUAUCAACUUCGAGAAGGACAGGACAGUGAAGAGCUGCUGGCUUUCUCUCGUACAGAAGCUACCCCCAUCUCUGUGUCUUUGGUACCGUUUGGUGCUCAGAAGCACCCUCCCUCCCCCUGGCUGCUGAUCCACUUCCAUGGAGGAGGCUUCGUGGCCCAGACCUCGAAAUCCCAUGAGAACUAUCUGAAGAGCUGGUCCAAGGAGCUAAAUGUCCCCAUCCUGUCUGUGGACUACUCCCUUGCCCCUGAGGCCCCAUUUCCCAGAGCCCUUGAGGAGUGCUUCUAUGCCUACUGUUGGGCCCUCAAGAACUGCCAUCUUCUGGGCUCCACGGCUGAGCGCGUGUGUCUGGCUGGGGACAGUGCUGGGGGGAACCUCUGCAUCACAGUGUCUAUGAGGGCCAUAGCCUGCGGUGUGCGUGUCCCCGAUGGUAUUAUGGCUGCCUACCCAGCUACCCUGCUCACCAUUGACGCCUCGCCCUCCCGUCUGCUCACCCUCAUUGACCCACUACUGCCAUUAGGAGUGCUCUCCAAGUGCCUCAACGCCUACGCAGGUGUAGACUCUCAGGCGGUACAGCCCACAGAGGGGACCAGCACAUUGAGUGCUCUAGGUAGAGACACAGCCUUGCUGAUCAGUGACCUCACACACGGGGCAUCCAAUUGGAUCCAGUCCUUCCUUCCUGCAGAAGUCCUAGGGUCACUGUCAUCGUCACACCGGAAGUCCCUCGACAACGAGGCCCACUACAGAUCAACGUCACCCCGUUCCUUCUCAUCCAACUCCUCCUCAGGUCCUAGGGAUUACCCAGAAGGUUUUGAGCCCCUGCGCUCUGAGCGCCUCGCUGUGAUCCAGGCGACUAGCUGUCCCAUCGUCAAGAACCCGUUUGUGUCACCGCUUCUAGCCCCUGAUUACCUACUGAGAGGACUACCGCCUGUACACUUAGUGGCCUCUGCACUGGAUGCCUUGUUGGAUGACUCUGUGAUGUUCGCCAAGAAACUGCGGGAUAUGGGCCAACCAGUGACCCUGAGGGUGGUGGAGGACCUUCCACAUGGCUUCCUCAGCCUAUCGGGGCUCGCUAAGGAGACACAGGUGGCCUCAGACAUCUGCGUAGAGCGAAUCAGAGAGGUCUUCCAGCAGCAAACCCCGCAUCCCUGUACUGACAAGCAACCAAAGUUGGAAAGGACCAAUCAUGGCCCAUCAAAUUGAGUGGCUGACCAGCUGCCUAAUAAAAUGGAGGGGAAAGUGUAGUUGUUAGAUUAGAGCUUGUAUGGAACUGAGGAGUCAUGCAUGUACAAUUUAUAAAAUGGUGAAGGGGGGGAUACACUAAGGAUGGAAGAAAAAGGGAGGAGGGGCUUUCCAGAUUAUUUUACUCAAUGGUAGUCUGGGGGGAGAAAGGCAGUCCUCUAGUUGACUGACAGCACAAUACGAUCAUUCAAAGGACACUGGGGGAAAAGUAUGAAAUGAAGUGUCUUUUUAACAUUGCAGAAACAUAACACAGGGUAUGUUAAUAAAACCAAUUUGACCAGCAUUGAAAGAAAUGCCUUGCCUGGUUGCUAUUCUGUUUUUAUGCUUUAACCAACCCCUUUAUCAUUGAUUUGGCUAAAGCAGAAACAAAAUGGCAACUGGCUACUUAGAAAUGGAAGUAAUAAUCUCUGAAUAGACAGAUUUGUGUAAUCAGAAGUAGUGCCUUUACCUCAAACUGUACUGUACAAACAAAUCCCUUUAUUUUACCUUGGUGUAUCAUCGGGUUGAACAACUAAUAGGACCUAAUGCAUACAUACGGUGCCUUCCGAAAGUAUUUAGACCCCUUGACGUUUUCAACAUUUUAUUAGGUUACAGCAUUAUUCUAAAAUUGAU